AAUCCAGGGAUGACCAGAAAACACACGACGGAGAAAAGCACCUGUUAGAAAAUGGAAGAAGCUAAUGAGGACAUUGCCAUAGUGGGAAUUGGAUGCAAUUUCCCAGGAGGUGAAGGUCUUGAGAACUUUUGGAAGGUUCUUUUGGAAGGGAGGAACUGUGCUGUUGAGAUUCCAGAGGAGAGGUUUGAUGUCAGACACUGGUAUGAUCCUGAUGAGAGCAAGGCUGGAAGAUCACGCACAGCCAAAGCCGCGCUUAUUGAGAGGUUUAAUGAGUUUGACCACAAGUUUUUUGGCAUCACUGAGGCAGAGGCCGACUACAUGGACCCUCAGCAGAAGCUCCUGCUGGAGUGUAGCUACAGAGCACUAGAGGAUGCUGGGAUACCGAUGGAGAAGGCCAGCGGAACCAGGACAGGGGUGUUCAUUGGUCUCAUGAACAGAGAUUUUGAGCAAGUAAUUUUUAAGAAUACAGAGUCGAUAUCCCACUACACCGGCACAGGGACAGCUAUGAGUAUAGCUGCCAACAGGAUCUCCUACACCUUCAACCUCACUGGGCCGUCAUUCGCCAUUGACUGUGCCUGCUCCUCUUCCCUGGUGGCUCUCCACUCUGCCUGUCAAGCCAUAAGACAAGGGGACUGUGAGAUGGCGCUGUGUGGAGGUGUCAGCUGUAUCAUGGAACCACGAGUCUUUGUUGCUCUUAGCAAAGCAAAAAUGAUCUCACCUGAUGGCACCAGCAAGCCGUUCUCCAGUAGAGCAGAUGGAUAUGGAAGGGGAGAAGGCUGUGGGAUUGUCCUCCUGAAGCCGCUGAAGGAGGCUCUAAGGAACUGCGACCAUGUGUGGGGGAUCAUUAGUAAAACUGCGGUCAAUCAAGAUGGCCGCUCCGUCACUCCAAUCACCAAGCCAUCCAUGGUUCAGCAGGAAGAGCUUCUGCGCAGAAUUUACUCUGCACAGACUGAUCCAUCACAGGUUCAGUACAUAGAGGCUCAUGGGACUGGAACUCCAGUGGGAGAUCCCACAGAAGCUAGCAGCAUCUCUAAAGUUAUUGCCAAAGGCAGACCACCAGGAUCAGCAAGACUUUACAUUGGCUCCGUCAAAGGUAACAUCGGCCACACCGAAUCUGCAGCUGGAGUAGCGGGACUCAUCAAGGUACUUCUGAUGAUGCACCAUGGAACCAUAGUUCCCUCCGUCUUUUAUUCUGAGGAUAAUGCCAGUAUAGAUGCCAAAGCCUUGAAUAUAAAAAUUCCUACCAAAGCAGAGAAAUGGGAAAUUUCUGGUCCAGCUGGGAGGGUCGCAGGAAUCAACAACUUUGGAUUUGGUGGGACAAAUGCACAUGCAAUUGUGAGACAAUGGAGAGAACCACAGAUAUGUAAAUCAAACAUUGAAGAUUCAUUUCAGUUAUUUGUACUAUCUGCAGCUUCUGAGAAAUCACUUAAAAUGACGAUGGAGGACACAGUGCAAAAGAUAAGUACUGACAAUAAAUUAGAAGUAAAAGCCAUAGCUUACACAUCAGCCUGCAGAAGGAGCCAUGCAAAGCACAAGUACAGAAAAGUCUUCAUGGUCUCCUCUCUUAGUGAACUACAGACUGAACUUAAAUCAUCCCUUAACAAAAAGUUCUUGCCAUUAAAGUCAGACCCCCAGUUAGUUUUUGUCUUCUGUGGAAACGGGGUUACUUACAGAGGCAUGUGCAAGCAGUUGCUAAAAAGGGAGAGCAUUUUCAGAGAAAAAAUCUUAGAGAUUGAGAACAUUUUCCAGAAGUACAAUAGCAUGAGCAUCCUGCAAAAACUGGAAAGUGAUUAUGACAAUGGUGAUUCUUCUAAGCCAGAUGUUGUGCAACCUCUCCUAUUUGCAAUUCAAGUUGCUAUUUGCAGUCUGUUAAAGCACUGGGGUGUGAGACCAGAUGCCAUUCUUGGGCAUUCUGUUGGAGAGGUUGCUGCUGCCCAUUGCUCUGGUCUGCUGUCCCUAGAGGACGCAGUGAAGGUAAUCUACAUUCGCAGUAACUUGCAGAGUCAAGUCACUGGUGGGAAAAUGAUUGUUGCCAGCAACAUGUCAGUAUCAGAAAUCUUGAAGCUUCUCCCUGCCUAUUCAGGAAAAGUUUGCUUGGCUGCCAUGAACAGUCCCCAGUCCUGCACCUUGUCGGGUGAUGCAGAAGCGGUAGACAGUCUUCAUCAGAAGUUGAAAACUUCUAAAAACAGCAGCAGUCUCUUCCUCCACAUCUUAGAUGUCCCUGCUGCAUAUCACAGUCAUAUGAUGGAUCCUAUAUUGGCCAAAAUUGAGAAGAACAUAGGUACCUUGCAAGGGAAGGAUCCAGAGAUGGAGCUGCUUUCAACCGUGACAGGAAAGAUGCAUUCCAAGGGUGAUUUCACCACUGGAACCUACUGGGCAAGGAACAUUCGGGAUCCCGUUGCAUUUGAGCAAGCUGUAAAGUCAGCAGCAAGGGAGAAGAAGAAUGCUGUCUUUGUAGAGAUAGGUCCAAAAAGAGCCCUACAAAGGAACAUCAAGGAGAUACUGGGAAAUGACACCCCAGUGUUCUCCUCUGUGCAGCCAGAGAAAGACCACGAGACACUCCUCACUCUUGUGUCCAAACUCUUUGAGUUGGGUGUGCAAGUUGACUGGGAUCAGUUUUACAAAGGGUGGGAAGGACCACCAACACCUUUACCAAGGUAUCAGUUUGAUUCUGUGAAGAAAGAGACAUAUCUUCGUGCAGUACAGAGAAAUGAUGAUACAAUGUCCACUUUUCAACAUCCCAUAAUUUCUAAGACAACUGAUAACGGAGAGUUCAUCUGUAAUUUGCACUCUGAAGAAACAUCAUAUCUAUCUCAGCACAAAAACAAUGGAGUUGUCAUCAUCCCUGGAUCUCUGUAUGUUGAGCUGGGUCUUGCAUCAUUCAUGGCAUGGUUUCGACCAAAAAUGCCUCUUAGCUCCCUGCAACUAGAGGUCGGCUUCCAAAAUCCAUUUACACUUUCCAAAAACUCACCUGAAAUGAGAGUGCUGCUUCAGCCAACAAAAACAGGAGCAACGUUUAAAGUGCAGUCUCCAUUAGCAACUUACACGUCAGGAUCUAUUAGCCAAUCCGACGAAGGGUCUCUUGAAGAGCCCAACAUCUCUGUAGAUUCUAUCUUCAAAAGAUGCAAAACAGUGCUGAAGGCUGAACAGAUAUACAACACUCUUUCUAAUGUAGGAUUUCAGUACAGCUUAGUUUUCAAACAACUUGAUAAUGUGCACUUUGGGGAGGAAUUCAAGGAAGCUGCUUUAGCAGUCACUGUCCCAGAGGAACUUCUUGGCCAACUGCAUGACUACCACAUUCAUCCUGUGGUACUAGAUUACUUUUUGCAAAUGGCAGCUAUUUUUUCCAGAUCAAAACAGGGACCAGGAUUCCCUACAGCCAUAGGAUCAAUGGUAAUUUCCAUGCCCGUUCAGAGAGAAAUGGUGAUAUAUCUAAGAAGAACCAUUGAAGGGCCAGAUUACUAUGAGGUAUGUGGUUGCUUUGCCAGUAAAAAUGGUGAUGUUCUAAUUGAGCUGAAACAUGUCCGGAUCAAAUCUUUGGGUAGUCCCACAAAUAUCAUUGAGAAAUUCUUCUUUGAGAAUAAACUGACAGCUGUCUCAGAGGAUGUCCAUGUCAACGAGAAACCCAGAGCCUUAGUCUUUGCAGACACACUUGGUGUUGCCAAGAAAUUGUGUCAGUACUUGCACCAGAAGUCAUUUUGCAUUUCAAUCCCAGUCUCUUACAAAAACAUUGACAUCCAAUCCUUGUUUUCCAAGCCAAAUGAUCGCAUUAAUAGCAAGGACUACAGUGAAGUGCUGUUCAUGUGGGGGAUUCAGAAGCUUAGCGAUAUGAAAACAGAGAAGGUCCUUGAGUGCCUGGUUAAUAUCUGUGAGAUUUACCGGCAACUGCUUGUAAAGCUGAAAGAUGAGAAGUUUUCUGGUGGCAUCAGGGCAGUGACUUACAGGUUGCAAAGUGGUUCAGUUGAUGCCAUUAGUCCAGACUUUGUGCUCCCUGGUUUGGUACGAUCUUGUGCAGUUGAAUAUAUAAACAUGUCAAUUCAGCUCAUUGAUGUCGGUUCUGUGUCAAACGAGGAUAUCAGAACCUUAGGUCAUGUGAUACAGUCAUACCCCUGCAGCAAAUACCUUGAAUUGGUCAUCAACAAAGGUCAGAUUAAUUGUGCACAAGUGACUCGUACAGUUGCAAAUUCUACUUUCAGCAGUGAGAAAAAAGUUAAUUCUGUGGAUUUAGAACAUUUCACAUUGCAAACUGCAGAUGCCUACAAAAUGUCAUGCCUGUCGGCUGUUCCUUCUGCCAGGGAAAGUUGUGUGGAGGGGCAGAAAGUGGAGGUGCAGCUCCAUAAAUUAUGUGUACAUUCAUCCGACUACUUCUCUGUCACUUUCUCUGACUUGAAUUUCGGUCAGAAAAUAUACUGGAACAAACACACAACUCAGAAUCACAAGCUUCUGGCCCUCGAUUUCAGUGGCAAGGUUACUGCUGUAGGGAAGGAUGUGAGGAAGCUGAAGGUGGGAGAUCACAUUGCUUCAUGCUACCCUGUUGUUGCAUCCUCCGAAGUCAUGAUUCCAGAGGCCGUGUGCUACAAGACCAAGAGACUUCCAUUUCUCAAGGAAGUGCCUUGUGUGUCUUACUUUGUCCUAUCAUGGGAGAUUUUGCACCAUGCAUUACCUAAAUUAAAACAGGUCAGGAAGAUGGGCAUUUUCUCAAAUCAUCCUGACUCCUGUCUCCUGCAAAUCUUGGUGCACAUGGCAAAGCAGUCUGGAUGGAUGUCUUUAAUAGGGACAGAGUUUAGUGGACUAGUAGAAAUGGUGAAUGAAUGUGAUGCAUUUGUCCUUUUGCCUCCAUUCCCAGCUAGUCUAGUUUUUAAAGCAUGUAGUGUCUCCACAGUAAAGCACAUUGUUGUCGUCUGUGAUAAUGAAGGAUCCAUCCCUCUCUCAAACAAUAGAAUGGACAAUGAAAAUGUUCACAUUCAUACCCUGCACAUGGACAAAGUUUUUCAGAAAGCACAUCUGAAGCAGGAGAAAGCAAAGAUUUACAAUUGGCUGAAAUCAAUGAAUUUAUCAUCAAAAAGUUUAAAAUUGCACAGCACCACAUUUCAGACAAUGGGCUCUGGAAGCUUUUGUUAUCUAGCAGAUGAAGAAACUCAGUCCUAUUUCUGCUCUAAGACUAUGCCAGUAAUUGUGCUGGAUGACUUGGAAAAGGCAAAAAGAUCCAACAUACCAGUGCCUGACAGCAAGAAACAACUUUUCCAAGAAAAAUCAGUGUACAUGGUGGCGGGAGGACUCACGGGGCUGGGGUUUGAAACAGUGAAGUUCAUUGCCGAAAAAGGGGGUAAAUUCAUUGUCAUUCUUUCCAGAAGAGCUCCGUCUCCUGAAAUGCAGCAUGAGCUUAGAGAAAUAAAGAAUCAAAGUGGAGCAUCACUUGUGAGUCUGCAGUGUGACAUCUCUGUUUCCGAGCAGGUCCAUAAGGUAGUCAGUGACAUUGAACUGCAGUUUCCUUCUUAUCCAAUCAGGGGUGUCUUUCACAGUGCAGUGGUCUUGCAUGAUGGGCUGAUCGAUGUAAUUGACAAAUCGCUCUUCGAAAAAGUCCUGAAACCCAAGGUCAGUGGGACUUUGAAUCUGCAUCAUGCCACUAGACACUGCAAGCUAGAUUACUUUGUCUGCUACUCCUCUGUGGCAUCCUUUAUCGGUAACUCUGCACAAUGUAACUAUGCUGCAGCCAACUCAUUCCAGGACAGCUUCUGUCUCUAUCGGAGAAACCUUGGAAUUCCUGGGCAGGCCAUCAACUGGGGAGCUUUGAAUCUCGGCCUCCUAUCAAACAAGGAUCACCUGCAAAAGUUCCUGGAGACAAAGGGAUUGGGAACUAUGGAAGUACCAGAUAUUUUUGAAAGCCUAGAACAAAGUCUGCGACUGAACAACCCUCAGCAGGUCGUGUGCAAAUUUGAAUUCAGGAACAUGAACAACUUUGUCCUUUCUCAGAGUGAACCACAAAGAAUGCGUUUUCUUCCAUUGGUGGUUAAAGGAUUAAAAAACCAGGAAAUUCCAGAAACCAGGGUAGAGCAGGACACCUCUCAGACCACUGUUGAUCAAUAUAUCAGAUCUUUAGUCAGCGAAGCUUGUGGUGUGGAUGAAAAUGAGCUUAAUGUUGACAGUUCCCUUGCUGCCCUUGGUAUUGACUCAAUGUCUGUCAUGACCAUCCAGAACCUCAUCUUCCAAGACCGAGGUGUGAACAUCCCACUUGUUAAACUGCUGGACCCAAAUACUACACUUUCCUCCUUGGUAUUAAUGAUUCAGGAUGGGAAAGAAAGAGAACAGAAAUCAAUCGGACAGCAUAAACUCAUGGAUGAUACAAAAUUUUAAAGAUAAAGGAAGGUGGAGACAGGGUACAAAAAUUGUUUGAACAUGAACAAAAUAAUCAAACACAACAAAGAUUCAUACAAACUCCGUAUGAAUACUCUGUUAUAUUGCAAUCUUUUGUGUAUGUUAACUGUUAUACUCAUUCUAAUUUGAAAUAUUUUAAUAUGAUAGAGAUGCUUUCAGGAAUGUUUGAACAUUUACCUCUUUUCUUUUGUAAAUCAGCUGUAAUUGAUCUACCUGCCUUCAAGCACAUUCAUGUUGAAGAUGCAUCUGAUGUUUGCAGAACCCAACUGCAAUAGUAGCUGUGCGACUGAUGUCAUGCCGCGUUGAAUUUUGCGUAACAAUUGUUUAUGCAGCAUUUUUUUAAUGGCAAUUGCUGUGUCGGGGGUCGUGUUCUGGUUUUCCGCUGUGAUCGCGAAAACCGUGGCCAUGGCAGGUCAGACCUGCUGCGUCAGAACUGCAACAGUAGGUCACACCAUCUUUCAAGGAGAAAACUGGACAAUGGAAUUUGUUUUUUUGCCUUUCCUACAUACAUGGAAAAAACACAGAGGGAAGCAGGUUGAGGAGGUGAGGAGAAGACAUCACACAUAGAGAGAGUAAUCGGUGUUGUGCAGGAUUGUUGAGGUACUCUGCAUGUCUGUGUAGUUCACCUUAAACAGUAAUCAUAAUCUUAGAGGUUGAACAAAGAUAUUAAGUAAUUGCAGCUCCCAGAUCAUUUGUAUCCCUUCCCUGUUUUAAAAGGUAACUUGACUGUUAGGACAAUUUCUGUCGAUCAAUACCUGGUUUAUGUUGUUUAUGUUGUCAGGCCACAUCGCGUGAGUAAAAUUGACUUUACGAGUAUUUUGGAUGCUUUCAAUGAAGACAUUGUCGUGCAAAUUUUAA